AUGGCCGAUUCUGCGAAUGCUCCCAAGCCGAGCAGCAGCGUCAAGCUGGUUCUUCUUGGAGAAGCUGCUGUUGGCAAGUCCUCGUUGGUCCUUCGAUUCGUCAACAACGACUUCCAGGAGAACAAGGAGCCCACCAUUGGAGCUGCCUUUUUGACACAAAAAUGUAAUCUGCCUACUCGCACAAUCAAAUUCGAAAUCUGGGAUACCGCAGGUCAAGAGCGCUUCGCGUCACUUGCGCCCAUGUACUACCGAAACGCACAAGCCGCCCUUGUCGUCUACGAUCUGACCAAGCCUACGUCUCUCAUCAAAGCCAAGCACUGGGUCGCCGAGCUGCAACGGCAAGCGUCCCCCGGCAUCGUCAUUGCCCUCGUUGGAAACAAGCUAGAUCUGGCUAGCGACUCUGCAGGAGAAAAUGAAGGCGCCGACGAUGGUGAGGAUUCUGGCGACGCUCGCAAGGUGUCUACAGAAGAAGCCAAGGCCUAUGCCGAGGAGGAAAGCCUGCUAUUCUUCGAAACUAGCGCAAAGACGGGUCAUAACGUAACGGAAGUCUUCACCGCCAUCGCCAAUGCCAUUCCCGAAACUUCUCUAAAGUCAGCCAGAGGCCCCGGCGCCGCUGGUACUGCCAGCCGCGCCGGCGAGGAGCAACGGGUAAACCUGGGUGGUCCGAGGGAUGCUGGUGCAAAGGACGGGUGUGCUUGUUAG